AUCCCAGGCGAUGGUGAAUUAUGAACGUGCCACACCAUGAAGCUCUUGUGGCAGGUAACUGUGCACCACACCUGGAAUGCCGUCCUGCUCCCCGUCGUCUACCUCACGGCGAAAGUGUGGAUUCUGUGUGCAGCCAUCGCUGCUGCCGCCUCAGCCGGGCCCCAAAACUGCCCAUCUGUCUGCUCCUGCAGUAACCAGUUCAGCAAGGUGGUGUGCACCCGCCGGGGUCUCUCCGAGGUCCCGCAGGGUAUUCCCUCCAACACCCGGUACCUCAACCUCAUGGAAAACAAUAUCCAGCUGAUCCAGGCCGACACUUUCCGACACCUCCACCACCUGGAGGUCCUGCAGCUGGGCAGGAACUCCAUCCGGCAGAUUGAGGUGGGGGCCUUCAAUGGCCUAGCCAGCCUCAACACUCUGGAGCUGUUUGACAACUGGCUGACAGUCAUCCCCAGUGGGGCCUUUGAGUACCUGUCCAAGCUGCGGGAGCUCUGGCUGCGAAACAACCCCAUAGAAAGUAUCCCCUCUUAUGCCUUCAACCGGGUGCCCUCCCUCAUGCGCCUGGACUUGGGGGAGCUCAAGAAGCUGGAGUAUAUCUCUGAGGGGGCUUUUGAGGGGCUGUUCAACCUCAAGUACCUGAACUUGGGCAUGUGUAACAUUAAAGAUAUGCCCAAUCUCACUCCCCUCGUGGGGCUGGAGGAGCUGGAGAUGUCAGGGAACCACUUCCCUGAGAUCAGGCCUGGCUCCUUCCAUGGCCUGAGCUCCCUCAAGAAGCUCUGGGUCAUGAACUCACAGGUCAGCUUGAUUGAGCGGAAUGCUUUUGAUGGGCUGGCCUCACUUGUGGAACUCAACCUGGCCCACAAUAACCUCUCUUCUCUGCCCCAUGACCUCUUCACCCCACUGAGGUAUCUGGUGGAGUUGCACCUACACCACAACCCUUGGAACUGUGAUUGUGACAUUCUGUGGCUAGCCUGGUGGCUUCGGGAGUAUAUACCCACCAAUUCCACCUGCUGUGGCCGCUGUCAUGCUCCCCUGCACAUGCGAGGCCGAUACCUGGUGGAAGUGGACCAGGCCUCCUUUCAGUGCUCUGCCCCCUUCAUCAUGGAUGCACCUCGGGACCUCAAUAUCUCUGAGGGUCGGAUGGCGGAGCUUAAGUGUCGGACUCCCCCUAUGUCCUCUGUGAAGUGGUUGCUGCCCAAUGGGACAGUGCUUAGCCAUGCCUCCCGCCACCCCCGGAUCUCUGUCCUCAAUGAUGGCACCUUGAACUUUUCCCAUGUGCUGCUCUCAGACACUGGGGUAUAUACAUGCAUGGUGACCAACGUGGCAGGCAACUCGAACGCCUCGGCCUACCUCAACGUGAGCACGGCCGAGCUCAACACCUCCAACUAUAGCUUCUUCACCACGGUCACAGUGGAGACCACUGAGAUCUCGCCUGAGGAUACAACACCCAAAUACAAGCCUGUUCCUACCACAUCCACUGGUUAUCAGCCGGCCUAUACCACCUCUACCACGGUGCUCAUUCAGACCACCCGUGUGCCCAAGCAGGUGGCAGUACCCGCGACAGACACCAAUGACAAGAUGCAGACCAGCUUGGAUGAAGUCAUGAAGACCACCAAGAUCAUCAUUGGCUGCUUUGUGGCAGUGACUCUCCUAGCUGCCGCCAUGUUGAUUGUCUUCUAUAAACUUCGAAAGCGGCACCAGCAGAGGAGUACAGUCACAGCCGCCCGGACAGUUGAGAUUAUCCAAGUGGAUGAAGACAUCCCAGCAGCGGCUUCCACAGCAGCAACAGCAGCUCCAGCCGGUGUAUCAGGUGAGGGGGCAGUAGUGCUGCCCACAAUUCAUGACCAUAUUAACUACAACACCUACAAACCAGCACAUGGGGCCCACUGGACAGAAAACAGCUUGGGGAACUCUCUGCACCCCACAGUCACCACUAUCUCUGAACCUUAUAUAAUUCAGACCCAUACCAAGGACAAGGUACAGGAAACUCAGAUAUGACUCCCCCCCCCAAAAAACUUAUAAAAUGCAAUAGAAUGCACAAAAACAAACAAGACAGCAACUUUUGUACAGAAUGGGGAGAGACUUUUUCUUGUAUAUGCUUAUAUAUUAAAUCUAUGGGCUGGUAAAAGAAACAGAUUAUAUUAAAAUUUAAAAACAAAAGUCAAAACAGAACUAUUUUCUAACUUGUAAGUUCUAUUUAAAUGGGGAGUGGGGUUGGGAAUGUUGUGGGGUAAAAGCCACAUGUCAACCUGCUAUGCUUCCAGAUGGGUGUUCUGGUGUAAAGUUGAAACUGCUAAGAUAAAACCAACUAAGAUAUCCACAAACAUCCCUAAAGAGGUAGGGUGUGGGCUGAUGAGGGGUGGGGGAUAGACUGAAUCUGUCAUUUUUUUUUUAGAAGAUGCUUCAUAGGAUACAGGAAUACCCAUUUCUAGAGACACCUUUCUUAAGCUGAGAGCUGUCUUUGCAGAUUUAUCUUAUUUUAAAAAAA